AUGUUUAUUGAUGGGAAACUAAAAUUAUGGCAGCUCAUGUUUAGCAAGUUUGAAUUUGAUGGGAAACUGAAUCCUACUUUUGUGGAAGGGGCAUUUAAGCUCCCAUUAUCAAGCAUACGAGCAUAUCUAACAGAGCCUAUUACUCCUAGAAUCUCUUUGCUUGUGUUCCGUGUAGUUUUGGAGCAGGGGGAGGAUUUAAUACGGGAAAGUGGAAUACCAUAUACAAUUGUGAGGCCUUGUGCAUUAACUGAGGAGCUUGCCGGAGCAGAUCUCAUUUUCGACCAAGGGGACAACAUAACGGUAUACAAUCCAAUAGAAGAUCACUAUUCUCUCUUUGUUGUAUGCCUGGUAAUAUAUCAAGAGAGGAGGUUGCUCAGAUUUGUGUUGGAAAGCCCCUUUGCAUCUGGCAAGACAUUUGAGGUCACAGCCCGACUUAUGUCCCUUAAUUGUGGGUUGUGUGCUGUGGCUGUUAAAAGUGUUGUGACAUUUAGUGAGCCGUUUACAGUGGACCCUCAAAAUCCACCCCCCGAGAAGGACUAG